AUGAAUGCAGGUCAAAAGCUUAGCUCUGCUCAGUUCGAUAAAAGGAAAAAUGACUACAUACAAUAUGAUGGAAGACAGCGUAAAGAAAGGAAGAAGACUGUGUCGUUCAGCAGCAUGCCCACUGAGAAGAAGAUCAGCAGUGCCAGCGACUGCAUCAGUGCGAUGGUUGAUGGCUCGGAGCUGAAGAAAGUUCGAUCCAACUCCCGCAUUUACCACCGUUACUUCCUCCUCGAUGCUGACAUGCAGUCUCUAAGAUGGGAGCCUACAAAGAAGGAGUCUGAAAAAGCCAAAAUUGACGUCAAGUCUAUCAAAGAGGUUCGGACGGGCAAAAAUACAGACACUUUUAGAACUAAUGGGACCUACGACCAGCUAUCGGAGGACUGUGCGUUCUCAAUCAUCUUUGGGGAGAAUUACGAGUCUCUGGACUUGGUAGCAAACACAGCAGAUGUAGCCAACAUUUGGGUAACUGGGCUAAGGUACCUGAUCUCCUAUGGGAAACAUACCUUAAACAUGAUUGAAAGCAGUCAGAACAACAUGCGCUCAUCAUGGCUGAGUGACCUCUUUGACGAGGAGGACAUUAACAACAGCAAACAAAUAACAAUAUGUGCUUCUGUGCAGCUAAUCAAAAAGCUAAACCCGGGACUUAAGAAUGUGAAGAUUGAACUGAAGUUCAAGGAGCUUCACAAAGCUAAGGACAAAACCGGUUCCGAUGUGACAAGAGAUGAGUUCAUUGAGGUUUUCCACGACCUAUGCACCCGACCAGAAAUCUAUUUUCUCUUUGUUCAGUUUUCGAGUAACAAAGAGGUUCUCGAUACCAAGGACUUGAUGAUAUUUCUUGAGGCAGAGCAGGGAAUGGCUCAAGUGAGCGAAGAGACCAGUUUAGAGGUCAUCCAGAAAUAUGAGCCUUCAAAAGAGGGCCAGCUCAAGGGUUGGCUUUCUCUCGACGGAUUCUCCAACUACCUAAUGUCUCCAGAGUGCCACAUAUUUGACCCCGAGCACAAAUCCGUUUGCCAAGACAUGAACCAACCUUUAUCCCACUACUACAUCAACGCAUCCCACAACACAUACCUGAUAGAGGAUCAGUUUCGAGGUCCCUCCGAUGUGACGGGGUACAUACGAGCGCUCAAGAUGGGCUGCCGCUGUGUGGAACUGGACGUUUGGGACGGACCCGAUAACGAGCCCGUCAUUUACACCGGCCACACUAUGACCUCACAGAUCGUCUUUCGAGGCGUCAUUGACGUCGUCAACAAGUAUGCCUUUGUUGCCUCCGACUUUCCACUGAUACUGUGUUUAGAAAACCACUGCUCCUUAAAGCAGCAGCGGGUGAUGUUUCAGCAUCUUAAGAAGAUCCUCGGGGACAAGAUCCACACGGAUCCCCCGAAGCCUGAGGACUGUUACCUUCCCUGUCCCUCUGAACUGAAGGGCAAGAUCCUACUUAAGGGCAAGAAACUGGGCACGAACUGCAACGCCUCCGAGGGCGAGGUGACCGACGAGGACGAGGGGGCGGAGAUGUCUCAAAGGAUGAGCAUCGAGUCUGCCGAGCAGCAAACCAUCGCCCCCAAAAAGUUCCAGCUCUCCAAGGACCUCUCAGACCUCGUAACAUUGUGCAAGUCGACGGAGUUUAAGGACUUCUCAACGUCUUUCCAGAACCAAAAGCACUGGGAGCUCUGCUCUUUCAACGAGGUGUUUGCCAGUCGCUGCGCCUGCGACUUCCCAGGCGACUUUGUCAACUACAACAAGAAGUUCCUAGCGAGAGUUUACCCAAGUCCCAUGCGGAUCGACUCUAGCAACAUGAACCCACAAGACUUCUGGAAGUGCGGCUGUCAGAUAGUAGCAAUGAACUACCAGACGCCCGGCCUGAUGAUGGAUUUAAACAUCGGCUGGUUUCGUCAGAACGGGAACUGCGGCUUUGUGCUCCGUCCGGCCAUCAUGAGGGAGCAGGUUUCCUAUUUUAGUGCCAACACAAAAGACUCAGUGCCUGGUGUUUCUCCACAGCUCUUGCACAUCAAGAUAAUCAGUGGACAAAACUUCCCCAAACCCAAAGGCUCAGGUGCCAAAGGGGAUGUCGUGGACCCUUACGUCUACGUGGAGAUCCACGGCAUUCCCGCCGACUGUGCUGAGCAAAGGACUAAAACCGUCAACCAGAACGGGGACAAUCCCCUGUUCGACGAGAGCUUUGAGUUCCAGAUCAACCUGCCGGAGCUCGCAAUGGUGCGGUUCGUGGUGCUAGACGACGACUACAUCGGAGACGAGUUCAUCGGCCAGUACACGAUCCCCUUCGAGUGUCUGCAGCCGGGGUUCCGCCACGUUCCCCUGCAAUCUCUGACCGGAGAGGUCCUGCCGCACACCUUCCUGUUCGUCCACGUGGCCAUAACCAACCGGAGAGGGGGCGGCAAGCCCCACAAAAGGGGGCUCUCUGUGCGCAAGAGCAAGAGGGGCAGGGAGUACGCCAGCAUGAGGGUGCUGCUGAUCAAGGCCCUGGACGAGGUCUUCAAAACGGCCCUGCUGCCACUGAGGGAGGCCACGGACCUCAGAGAAAAUAUGCAGAAUGCCAUAGUGUCCUUUAAAGAGCUGUGCGGCCUUUCUGCCGUGGCCAACCUGAAGCAGUGCAUCCUGGCUCUGGCCCCUCGUUUAACGGGACCGGACAGCAGCCCCCUCCUGGUGUUCAACCUCGCCGACCAGUACCCCAACCUGGAGGCCCAGGGCCUGCUGCCCGAGGUUCUCAAGAAGGUCGUCACCACAUACGACAUGGUCAUCCAGACCAGCAGGGCCCUGCUGGAGAGCUCCGACGGCCUGUCUGAGAGGAUCCUCCAAACCCAAAAAGCAGUCUUGGUUUAA